AUGCCGCGACAUACCAACAGUAAAGUGUGGGACCAUGUCACAAAGCUACCUUUCGAUAAAGCAAAGUGCAAACUGUGUGGGAAAGAGAUCCAGGUCGCUGGGGGAAUGUCAAAAAUCACAAGGCACUUGAGACGCCACCACGACAUAGAGACAACCCCACAUGCAGCCUCAGCCACAUUGACGGAGAUGUUUGGUGGGCAAAAUAACUAUCAAGCACUACCAUCAACUUCCAGUUCCACUUCCACUGUGGCCAGUGCAACUGGUAGUGGUAGCACUACAGCAACAACAUCAACUGUAACACCCUUCACCUUGGCCACGAAGCUUGCCAAUGCCAAAAUCCUCCCAAAGAAACAACACAAAAUACCCGGCAGGUUGUGUCACUACAUGGUGAAAUCUCUGUGCCCGUACUCCAUCGUGGAAGACCCAUAUUUCCGUGCAUUUCUUAAUGAGCUGAACCCAUCCUACAAAGUCCCAGGUCGUUCUGAAGUCUCAGAAAGAUUCAUCCCCAAGAUGUAUGAAGCCACACUUCUCAGUCUCAAGGCUGACAUGCAGGGGGUGGAGUAUGCAGCGUUGACAGGAGAUGGCUGGACAUCUAGAGUGGCUGACCAUUACCUCACUCUGACUGUCCACUUCAUGAAAGACUGGGAGUUGAAUGUAAGGGUUCUGCAGAUGUUGAAGGAGGAAGUUUCGCAGACAGGAGAUAAUAAUGCGGCAGAGAUCGGUCAAUGUCUGGAGGAUUUCAGCCUCAAGGGAAAGGUGGAGGUAAUGACCACAGACAAUGCUAAAGCAAUGAUCAAUGCAACGACCAGUGUGAGGAUUCGGCUGUCACUGAACUGUUUCACCCACAUUCUAAAUCUGUCGACACAGAAGGCCAUGAGUGUGCCCACUGUAGUUACAAUACUGGCCAUCAUCAGACCUACUGUCACUUACUUCUGGAACUCCUACCUUGGUAAGGCUGUGCUGCAGGAGAAGCAAAAGGCUCUGGGUAAACCAAGUCACAGCUUGAUCCAUGACUGCAAAACUCGCUGGAACAGCUCGUACAUGAUGGUUGAGAGCUUCAUGGAGCAAUACCCUGCAGUAGUGGCAGCAUCCCUCAAUGACAGGCUAAAGAAGAAGGGCAGUUUUAAGAAGCUACAGAGAUGCUCCGACCAGGACACUGAGAAGAUGGAGCAGUUCCUGAGUGUAAUGAAGCUCCCCUACAAGAUAACUGUUGCCUUGUCCGCUGAGAAAAGGCCAACGUCGGGACAGGUGCUUCCAAUGAUGGAGAAACUCAAACAUCACCUGGUCGAGAAAGAGGAUGAUGACAAGUUCAGCAAAGAUAUCAAAGGGGCUAUCAGGAAAGAUCUGCUAACCCACUACCAGGAAGACACAAAGACAGAAUUCCUUCAGGAGGCCACCACCCUGGACCCCAGGUUCAAGGGCUCCCCUGUUGUUACCGAGGACGUGUGGAAUAGGAUCACAAACAACACUGAAGUUGGCCAGGCCCAAGAGGUGCGGCUGCAGAAGGAACCUGGGGAGACAGCUGAGCCUGUGCCACUACAGGAUUGCCUUGAAGACACAACUCCUGCAAAGAAGGCCAAGCUGAUGGCCAUGGAGGAAAUCUUCCAGGAUGAGGAUGAGGUUGUAGUCACUCACGUUGAGCCACCAGUGCCAGUUAGACUUCGGGUUCAGGCGGAGAUUCUCAAGUUUAAAUCCCUGCCAAAGCUGAAGUCAACAGACGAUGUGAUUGCUUUCUGGCAGGGGAAAGCCGAUGAACUGCCUCUCCUCAGUAGGCACACCAGGAAGUACUUGAUUGUGCCAGGUACAAGUGUGCUGAGUGAGCGUGUUUUCAGUACCGCUGGGGAUAUUGUAAGUGCUGAACGGGCAACACUGGACCCAGACAGUGUCAACAUGCUCCUGUUCCUGAACUAG